CUUGGUUGGAGCCACGGCCUCGCCGUUUGCGCCAUGCAGUCCUGCGGACAGCUGUGUUCUUGGCUGUGCCAAAGCCGCACAGCCCGCACAGCAAGGUCUCCUCGUGCCUCUGCGAAGGCUGCACGGACUGUGGUGGAGGAGUCAUGGGAGAACUACAUCCUCGAGAAGAAGGCGGAAGAGGGCUUCCAUUCCCCCCGAAGCAGCACGGCAGCUUCCUGUCCAUCCACUCCGUCCAUUGGAUGCACCCCAAAGGCUGCAUGGGCUGUGGUGGAGGAAUCGUGGGAGAAUUACAUUCUCGUGAAGAAGGCAUCUUGGGCCUCGCAGGGCUUCCAUUCCCCGGGAAGCAGCACCGCACCUUCCUGUCCAUCCACUCCAUCCACUGGAUGCAGCCCAAAGGUACCGUGCAUCCCAACGCAGCAAGCGGCCGUGGGCGAUGGUCGGCCCGGGUCGACGUCACUGCUGCAGGGCUUCAUCCGGCUUCAGAAGGAAGCGAAGGUGUUCCAACAACAAGUGGAGCAGACCCCGCCCUGCCAGGAUGGCGAUGGCAGGCUCGAUGAAUUGCUACAGGGCUUCAUCCGGCUUCAGAAGGAAGCGAAGGUGUUCCAACAACAAGUCGAGCAGACCCCGCCCAGCAAGGGAGUUCGAGAAGUGCUGCCAAAGGUGCAGGCACGAGAACUUCUCAAUCAGCUCAAGAACGACACAAUGAAAAGGAGGAAAUUUCGAAAGCUCCUGGGACAAUGGCGUCAGCCAGAAGUGAAGGAUACCUCUGCGAUCUUCCAGCUACUACAGCAAGGACAGGAAUUUGUCGAUUGAAUUGGGAGAACGCGCGCAGUGCCACAAUGUGUGCUGCGUUUCUGCUAAAUGAGUUCAAUGAAAUUCGCAAAACAAGGGGGGAGUUGAAAUUUUGUGGUCCCACGCAACUGAUUAAUCAGAGAUCAGGGGAUCUGCAGCAUGUGCUUUCU